AGCGGGCUCUGAUUGGCUGAGCCUUGCAGCAAUAUUGUAUUGUGUGCAAAGGGAAAGGAAUAACAGGUUUUUAAUGGAAAAAGCACAACGUAUGUACGGUACUGGUUACCAGAUAAAACUGGCCUGAAGCAGGGACAUGAGGUGGAGGUGAAGGCCAUGCAGAGGAGACACAGCAGUAACACGGAUGGCAUGCCUCCUGAAAGGAGUCGGAGCCAGACCCUGGGGUCAGAGAGCAGUCUAGAUGAGGGCGGAGUCUUCGACUGCCUGAAACCUGAUGCCCCCUCGCCUCAGCAGCUUUUCUCCGGCCUCGUAGGAGUCCCCUCUGGAAACGUGACCUCCGUCCCUUUCCAGGCAGCCGGGCUGGUGCUGGGGUCUCCACCGGAAGUGUUCAUCCAGAUGGCCACAUCUUCCCAUGAGGAGGGCCCCCACAGGCCAGAGAGCACCCCUUUCCUUCCAAGGCUUCCCCAGCAUCACCACCACCACCAUCACCACCAUCACCACCACCACCAGCCCUCUCAGCACCGCUCCUCCCUGCUGCAUGCAGCCACUGGUGAGCGCCACGGCAGCGGGGACGAUGGGGCAGAGGACUCCUCAACGCCAGCGCCUGCUCUUUCUGAGCUCCGGGCCAUCAUAUCUUGGUUGCAGAAAGGUUUCCCGUUCAUUCUCAUCCUCCUCUCCAAGGUCUGCUUUCAGCAUAAGCUUGGGAUUGCCGUGUGCAUUGGGAUGGCCAGCACAUUUGCAUUUGCCAAUUCGACAGUAAAGCAUCAGGUUUCAUUACGGGAAAAGAGGUCAGUUUUUGUCACACUCUGGAUUCUGGUCUUCCUGAUGGGAAACACGGUGUACCUUUACUACACGUUCAGCACGCAGGAGCUGCACAACAGCCUGUUCUUUGCAAAGCCCAACAUCGAGAGCUUUGAUUUCUUCGACUUGAUCUGGGUGGUGGGGAUCACCGACUUUGUUCUGAAGUACCUCACCAUUGGGCUCAAGUGCUUUGUCCUGUUCCUGCCAAAGAUACUCCUCGCUUUCAAGUCCAGGGGGAAGUUAUACCUGGUCAUUGAGGAGCUGAGCCAGCUGUUUCGAGCCCUGGUACCCAUACAGUUGUGGUAUAAAUAUAUUAUGGGGGAGGACCCUUCAAGCAGCUACUUCCUGGGAGCCACACUAAUUGUGAUCUACAGCCUCUGCAAGUCUUUUGACAUCUGCGGACGAAUUGCAGCAAUACGAAAAGCGGUGGUAAUACUGUGCAGCUCCCAGAGCUACGGGGUGAGAGCCAAUACUCAACAGUGCAGCGAAGCAGGAGACAUCUGCACCAUUUGCCAGGCCGAGUUCCGUGAUCCGGUAGCUCUCCUCUGCCAGCAUGUCUUCUGCGAAGACUGUCUGUGCCUGUGGUUUGAGCGUGAGCGCACGUGUCCCCUGUGUCGCUCCACGGCCGUCGAGAGCCUACGUUCCUGGAAGGAUGGAACCACUUCCGCUCACUUCCAGAUCUACUAGCAUGUGAGGUGGAAGAGUCAAACCCGAGACCUUGAGAGGACCCUGGGACAGGAGUGGUGAACAUUCAUCUCCUGGAUUCAUUAACUAUUUAAUAUUAUUUCAUAUUACUGUAUAGGCUUUAUAAUGUGUGAAAACUAAACCUGGAAGUCACGUUUUUUAUAUACAGUAUGCAGUAUAUAAAACUCUUGUGCUUUUUGCCAUGUCAUAAAAGGCUGCCCUCUUGUAUUUCUGAAGUUAUAGGACAUUUCUUCUUCUAAUAUCACUGGCAUGGUGGCACAGCGGAUAGCACUUGUGCUUCACAGCUCC